UCGUUAUUUCCGUUUAAAUGAGUACAUCAUUUGCUAACUAGGGUAAAGGCGCUUGCCAUCUAAAUAUGUCCAAGGAUGCAAGCAGCGCGUUUGUUCAACAGAAUGUGAGAAAGCUUGUGAAAUGUUUAGCUGGCGGCAACUCGACAAAAUCUCAGAGACGAACUUUGGAGCAAUAUGGAUUGCACAAGGUGCAAAUUCAUCGCUCCUUGGCUAUCAACAGACACGAAGUGCGACGAUCCGUUGAUAAUAUGAUCGAGAGAUUUCGCUGCGAGGGCAUGCCGCAUCAGGCUAGCGCACUGCGGUAUCUGAGCACGCUCAUCAUGGACCAUGACUUGUGGAAGUCCCUCUACGUGACGGACGUACAAUAUUCGGUCAUCGAUUUUCUCCUGAGCGUGACCUAUGCGCCCAUCCAAACGGUGCGACGCAAUAGAAGACUGAUGGAUCUACAGCUUCUGGUUCUAAAACAUGAUCUCGAAAGGGCGCCGACUAACGAUAAACUCGUGAAUCAGUCCCUGUCUAAUCCUGCAGAGGCAGACGUCGAUUGGGUGGCGGUACUAACAGAGGAUUUCGAUAAAGAAUCACUACUAAGCUCGGAUAGCAACAGCAGCUUGAGCGACUGGUCCGAUGACGAAGAAAGUUUCAGUACAGAGAACACAAUGCAUGAGAUCGAGGAGGAAGAAUCAAGUACGAGCCUGCAGCUGUUUGUCAGAAAUUUUCCUUGCCACUCAACUGAAUCGACAUCGUUCGAUGGCACCCCAAAACGUUCCAGCUGGUGCAAGCUGCCCACGCUGUCAGCGGUGCAGGCUCCAAGUGCGCUGCCAACAUACACCAAAUUUAUUGCCGAAUCCACUAAUCUGUCGACAAAGGUGCAUUCUUAUUGGUGGCUGCAACACGUCAAAUGCUAUUCAUAUACAAUGAAUUUCGAUCCAUUAGCGAACUUUGCUAGUGCUUAUGUGCAGUAUAUGAAUCCACAGACGCAACGCUUGCUGCCUAAAACCAUCGAUGAGCACAGCCUGAUUCGUGAGAUCAUCUUCAUGUUUUUUAUGCCGGCUAGUUGCUGCUUCUUUCGUGUGCACCCAGAAUCGAUGGAGAUCAGCGUUUGCAGUGAUGUUUCCAUCUGCAGCGUUAGCAACGGCACUCUGAAGACAGUGCUGGAGGCGGAGGUGUUGCCAGCCAUGCAGGCCAUGCAACAACUGCGACAGAUUGUCAAAGAGCAUACGCUGCUCAACGACCAUACGCCCACCUCAGGGACACUUCAAUGCUUUGCUGUGGGGCUGCGCGAUGUCAUCCAGCCCAUCGAGCAGCGUCUCAUUGCCUUCGAACGGCAACUGCUUGACUGUGGCGCCGGCAUUACGGAGUCGUCUCUAACGCUGAUUGCCUUUGUGCGGCACAUGGAUGUGCAAUUCAAACAGCUGCAGGUUAUCCAAUCGCUUGCGGCCAACGCAAUUGUUACGGCCCCGCCGCAUCUGCGGAGCGCCUAUCUGCUCUCUCAUCUGUUUAAGCACACAAAAAUGCACGUACCGAACCAGAAGAUGGCAAUGGCACUCCUGCUGAUCACGCUGAAGCGCUAUUGCACCAUCAUUGAUAACUGGUGGCGCAGUGGCAAUCUUAAAGACAGUCGCCACGAGUUUAUAAUGGAAUGCAGUCGCGAUGACAGUGUGUAUGCUGUACAAAGCGUACGUGAACGUUGCCGAACGGAGGACCCAAAGGAUGUGCAUCGAAUUAUACUUAAGGAACUGCGCGACUGCAAAUUAUAUCACUUGCUCAUGGAGCAUGCACUCCAGUUCGGUGAGACGCAGAAUCUGCUGGGCAGCCACAAUUUGCUGGGUGAGUUGAUUGAGAACAGCAAACAGGUUGGAUCGCUGCACUCGGAUCUUAUCAAAGAGCUCUUCGAUGAGCUGAAGAGCUUUGGAUGCGUCGCCUGCCCAGUUGGUCGCCGGCGUACUAGCGUUCUGGACGAUGUUCGCCAGAACUGGCAGCAGGACAAAGCGCUGAUACUGCAGAGAUUCAGUGAGCUGGGCGAUCCGCAGCUAAUGGGCUUUUUUACGCAGCACCUGAAGCAAUCACAACGGGAGCAAGUGCAAAUGGAACAGAGAACGCCGCCGCUGCAGGUGCUCGAUAUAUUGGAAGCGCUGGAAAUAUGCACGCCACUGCAGUUGCCCCAGGUGCUGCCACGUGCCCUGGCCAAGGUGUUACGGAAUCGCAUCGAACUGGCCAAUGUCUUUGUGAUGCGAUGGUAUCGUGAGGAGUUGCUGCUGGGUGAACAUGUACGCUUUCUGCGCCAUCUGCUUAUGUUGGAGGCUGACUAUCUGCUAUAUCCAUUCUAUACAUGGCUCUACCGCAAGAUUGAGUCGGGCGAGCAAUGGGCGCGCACAUCGGAUCUCACCAAGUACCUGUACACGGUCCUGGAUCCGCACUAUCCGGCCAUGGCCAGCGAUAUAUAUGUGGAGAUCAUUUCGCGCAUGCGCUCACAGUCAAUUAAAGUGUUCGAAGCUCUGGAAGCCAUCGAGGUGAAGUACACCAUGCCGCAGGCGCUGUCGACCAUUGUUACAGAGGAAAAUAUGAAGUGUUACAAUGACAUUUGGAGGCUAUUGCUCAAGAUCAAAUGGGCGGCAUGGAAGCUGGAGAAUAUGCGUUUCAUACGGCGUAACUCGAAAGAUCUGUACGCACCGCUCGAUCUGCUGGGCCUGACGGUGCGCCGGCUGGAAAUGCUCCGUUUUUGGAUGAUCAAUCUGAUCAGCAGCCUGCAUACGCAUCUCUGCACCCACGUUAUACACGCCAUGGGCAUGCACUUCGAACUCGAACUGAAGAAGACGCGCAACAUCCGCGAGCUGACCAAGCUGCACAAAGACUAUCUGUUGCAGCUAUCCAGGCACUGUCUGCUCACCAAAGAAUUUGAGGACUUUCGCUCGGCUCUGGAGCAGAUAUUCCAUUUGGUAUUUGUGCUGGACAUGGAGUGGCAUAGCUGCACUAGCUAUCUAAAUGAUUCGCAUGCGCUUAGCAUAGAUCCUAGCUUUUGUGGUGGUGACUCCAGCUAUGUGGGCUGCAAAAGUUUGGAUACCUCUGAAGUUAACAAUGGUUUGGAGUAUCUGGCGCUUAGCCAGGUGGGCGAGAUUGAAGGCACCUACAAACGUUGCCAUCAAUUGCUGGCCUCAACACUCACGACGCUUGUCUAUAAGGACGAUCACAAGAUUUUCAGUUCUCUGGAACUGGCUCUGAGCUCGAGCGUGCCCUGCUAAAUCUAUGACCGAUCCCAAGGACCCACCCACACACACCCACCCACAUACACCCACACACAUACACACAUACACCCACACACACACACAGACACACGUGUAAUUACAUUAUUCAUUAAAGUUGUGUUUGUAUAAGGAGAAAGUGGCGUUGUGUUUCUUAAAUAAAAUAUUGAAAUUAUUUGCAUUA